UCGCACUUCCUCUGGUCAUGAUCGAAAGCCUUCCUGUUCAAGGCUAAUUAAACUCUGGUCACUCAAGUGGACUGGCAACAAGCAUGGAUCAUGUAACAAGUAGCACAAUCGCCAGAGGCGCCAUGUCGUGGGUCGCCGCCACCGUAGCUCUCCUGCUGACCACCGCGGUCAUACUGACCGCGUUGCAGAAGAGAAAGAUCAGCAGCCCGGCCGCGGCGGCGCCGCCGGUUGUGCGGGGAGCCGGUCUCGUACGGUUCGCGCGCGCCAUGGCGAGGGACGGGCCGCUGGAGGCGAUCCGCGAGCAGCAGGCGAAGCUGGGGAGCGUGUUCACGGCGAUCGCCCCGUUUGGCCUCUUCAAGGUGACCUUCCUGAUCGGGCCGGAGGUGUCGAGCCACUUCUACCUGGCGCCGGAGUCGGAGAUGGGGCAGGGUAGCAUCUACAGGUUCACCGUGCCUUUGUUUGGGCCCGAGGUUGGCUACGCCGUCGACCCGGACACUCGUGCUGAGCAGAUGCGCCUCUUCUGGGACGUCCUCAAGCCACGGAGCAUCGAGGCCAGGGUAGGCGCCAUGGCUGAGGAGGUCCAGAACUACUUCUCGAGAUGGGGAGAGCAAGGGACGGUUGAUCUGAAGAAAGAGUUGGAGCAGGUACUGAUGUUGAUCGCGAGUCGGUGCCUGCUGGGAAGGGAGGUGCGGGAGAGCAUGGUGGACGAAGUAUACGAGCUCUUCCGUGAUCUUGACAACGGCUUGCACCUCAUCAGCACCAUGCUCCCCUACCUCCCAACCCCGGCACACCGCCGUCGUGACAGGGCGCGCCAAAGGCUCGGGGAGAUAUUCACCGAGGUGAUUAGGUCACGCAGGAACUCUGGCACUGCCGACAACGGCGACGACGUGCUGCAACGCCUCAUUGACGGCAGGUACAAGGACGAGCGUGACUUGACGGAUGUGGAGGUCGUCGGUCUACUCGUGGCGCUUGUGUUCGCGGGGAAACACUCGAGCUCCAGCGUGAGCACCUGGACCGGCAUCAACCUGCUCUCCCACCCAAACCACCUUGUCGCCGUCAUCGCCGAGCAGGACCGGCUGAUGGCGUCGCGCGCUAGAACCGACGAUGACCAUGAUCGCGUCAACUAUGAUACCGUGCAGGAGAUGACCACUCUGCACCGCUGCAUCAAGGAGGCGCUCCGACUGCACCCACCGGCAGUGGCAAUGUUCCGUCAAGCCCGCAAGCACUUCACCGUGCAGACAAAGGAAGGUAAAGAGUACACGAUCCCAGGAGGGCACACGGUGAUGAGCACGAUCUUGGUGAACCACCACAUGCCCAAUGUCUACAAGGACCCUCAUGUGUUUGACCCUUCACGGUUUGCACGCGGUAGGGGGGAAGACAAGGCCGCUGGCCCCUUCUCCUUCCUGGCCUUUGGCGCCGGGAGGCAUUCAUGCGCAGGUGAGUCCUUCGCGUACACACAGAUAAAGGUGAUAUGGAGCCAUUUGCUGAGGAACUUUGAGCUCAAGAUGGUAUCUCCUUUCCCUGAGACAAGCUGGAGAAUGGUGACGCCAGAGCCAAAGGGGACAGUGAUGAUUAGCUACAGGAGACGGAACCUAACUUGUAAAUAGGGAAAUGUGCAAUGGUGGAAGAAACGGUUAUCAAUACUAUAUAAACAGUACUAAAGAUAUCACCUAUAUAAUAAUGUAAUAGUUUUAUGUACCAAUCUACAAAAGAAAAGCAAUCCCCCUCUCACUAUCGCCUUUGAUCUGCUA